AUGGCACAGUUUAACUAUUUAAAAACUUUCGGAUACAUAAUGAUAUUCUGUUCUAUGCUUGUUUUACUUUUCUUCUUAAUAAAAAAAGGUCCACUUUACUUGAAUGAAGCAUGGGCAGCUAAUUAAGCUUUUUUAGAAAUAAAAACUGGAAUUUUAAUCUAAUGGUUCAAAUAUAUAAUAAUAGUUAUUAUAAGCUUUGUAAGAGUACUUAUAAAUCCAGAAGUCAUUUAUUAUUUAGCGUAUGGAAGCUUAGCAGUACUAGCAACAGAAAUACAUCCAUUUUUCUUCGCAUUCCAUUUAACCGAAUUUUUAUUAAGAUACCCGACAUUAAGAAAUAUUUUAAGGUCAGUAUAUGAGCCAUAUAUUUCUUUAAUUUUGACAUUUAUUUUGGUUUUACUUUUUAUUUAUUUCUUUACAAUUUUCGGGUAUGUAUUCUUUAUUUCGGCUUAUAAAGGUCGAUGCGAUGAACUUUAUAUGUGUUUUUUUGAAACUUUCGAUUAGACAUUUAAAAAUAAUGGAGGCCUAGGUGGUUAUUAUGAAAGCAAUGUAUAAAAAGUUCCAAAUGAUUAUAAUUAUGGAAGAUUUUUUAUUGAAAAUUUUGCUAAUAUUGCUGUAAAUAUUAUUGCUAUAUAAAUAUUUUCGGGUAUUAUUAUUGAUAAGUUUAGUUAACUUAGGGAUGAUGAAUAAGAAAAAAUGUUUGAUAUUUCAGAAAUGUGUUUUAUAUGCGGACACACUAGGUAUUUUUUUUUAUAUAUAUUUAUUUAUUUAUUAAAAAGAGAAAUAUUUGAUCGAAAGAGUGAUGAAGGCUUUUCUUAGCAUAUUAAAAAUGAACAUUAUUUAUGGAAUUAUGUAUUUUAUUUAGCUUAUCUUAAAGAAAAGGAAAGCACUGAAUAUACAGGUAUUGAAAGUUAUGUAUACGAAAAAUUAGAAUAAAAUGAUAUUUCAUGGUUUCCUAUACAAAGGGCAACAAUUUUAAUUGACGAAGAAAGAAAAAUAUAAUAAGAAAAUAAUGAAAUUGAUGAUUUUGAAAAUUAAGUAAUUUUAUAUUAUUUUUAUUUUUGA